AAAAAAAAAUAUAUAUAUCGUGGACACGCAUAAUCCACAAAAUAGACCGACGGGUUCCAGCCACUCAUACAAUGCAAUCUCCUCUAGAAAACCCCAGAUACGAUUGAAGAACCAAAACACAGAUUUUAUUCCACUCUGCUACACACACAGACAGAGACACAACUCACGUCUUCUUAGAAGCAAGAACCUUCACGAAGAUGGGUAUGGUAUUGGGAAAGAUCACCGUCGAAACACCCAAGUACGAAGUCCUCCAAUCCACCGCCGACUACGAGAUCCGAAAGUACCCACCGUCGGUGGCCGCACAAGUCACCUACGACCCCUCCGAAUUCAAAGGAAACCGCGAUGGCGGCUUCACCGUUCUUGCCAACUACAUCGGCGCUCUGGGCCAACCCCAGAACACCAAACCAGAAAAGAUUGCGAUGACAGCCCCUGUCAUCACCCAUUCAUCGGAUUCUGAGAAGAUUGCCAUGACGGCUCCUGUCGUCACCGCCAAGGGCGGAGAUGGUGAUGGGAAGAAAUUGGUAACCAUGCAAUUCUUAUUGCCUUCAAAGUACAGCAAAGCAGAGGAUGCCCCCAAACCGACCGACGAGAGAGUGAUGAUAAAGGAGGAAGGGGAGAGGAAAUAUGGAGUUGUGAAGUUUGCGGGAGUGGCUUCUGAUGCGGUGGUGGAGGAGAAGUUGGAGAAGCUCAAGGACAGCUUAGAGAGAGAUGGGCAUAAGGUUGCUGGGGAGUUCUUGCUGGCUAGGUACAAUCCACCUUGGACUUUGCCUGCUUUCAGGACCAAUGAGAUUAUGGUCCCCAUUGAGUGAUAGAUAGACUGCAGGAUUAUUGUAUUAAUUUACUUAUAAUCGAAUCUAUUUCUUCUAAAAUGAAAAUUUAAAAAAGGGGAUUCUGCCAUUGUUGUAGGCUCGGCUUGUUCCUUCUCACUGUUCAUUAUAUAUUUUCUUUUCCUGUUCCAUUUGAUCUAUAGUGUUUUAGAUUAUCUGCAAGAAAUUACUUAAUGAAGCUCUCUUUCGUUCC